AUGGCUACUGCUUCUUCACUCCACACAUCAAUCUCUCCUCGUAGCUUCAUCUCUCACUCUAAACCGUCUCUGAGACCUCACCGAUCCCAGAUCUUCCUCAGAAACAACAAACAGAGAAGCUGCGUUUCGUGUGCGUCGAUUUACGACGAAAUCGAUGUGAUUCCGGUUCAGAGCCGAGAUCGAACCGAUCAACAGGAAGGUGCGGUGGUGUUAGCCAUCGAGACGGAGAGAGAUGUGAACGAAUCGGUGGUUGUUGGAUUCGGUGCUGCGACGAGCGAAGGUCGAUUGUCGUUAGAAGGUUUUUCUUCUUCAGCAGCUGAUUUGGGAGAUGAGAGAAGUAGAGAAAACGAAGAAAUGGAGAAGAUGAUCGAUCGGAGUAUUAACGCAACGAUCGUUUUAGCUGCUGGUACUUACGCCAUUUCCAAAUUGCUCACCAUUGAUCAUGAUUAUUGGCAUGGUUGGACAUUGUUUGAAAUACUAAGAUAUGCUCCUCAACAUAGCUGGAUUGCUUACGAAGAAGCGUUGAAGCGAAACCCGGUUCUAGCGAAAAUGGUCAUAAGUGGAGUUGUCUAUUCUAUAGGAGAUUGGAUAGCUCAGUGUUACGAAGGCAAACCACUGUUUGAGAUUGAUCGGGCGAGAAUCUUGAGAUCAGGAUUAGUUGGUUUCACUCUCCAUGGCUCUUUGUCUCAUUUCUAUUACCAAUUCUGCGAGGUGCUUUUCCCUUUUCAAGAUUGGUGGGUUGUUCCUGUAAAAGUCGUGUUCGAUCAAACUGUAUGGUCUGCUAUAUGGAACAGUAUUUACUUCACGGUUCUUGGUUUUCUUCGUCUUGAAUCGCCUCUCAGUAUCUUCAAAGAAUUAAAAGCUACCUUCUUGCCUAUGUUAACAGCUGGGUGGAAGCUUUGGCCAUUUGCUCAUUUGAUCACAUACGGUUUGGUACCUGUAGAACAACGGCUUCUCUGGGUUGAUUGCGUGGAGCUUAUUUGGGUCACUAUACUUUCGACUUACUCAAACGAGAAAUCAGAAACUAGAAUCUCGGAUUCUGCCAUUGAAUCCUCGUUGAGUUCGACUACAUCCAUUGAUCCCUCCAAGGAAUGA